AUGGGGGCUAGGAGGCAGUCUUCCGCUCAAACUCGGGUCCCCGUGGUUUCUUGCGAGUCCGUACUCUCGCGCUUCUUGAACGCGUGUGUGCCGUCGGUCAUGCCUGGUCUCGAAAACGAGCCGCUGUGCUCGCAGUCCGCGAUCCCUGCGUGCUUCCGAGAGGGGUACUUCGCUCCAGACCGGCACAGCUUCGGUGCGUCGGCGAACGGCGACGCAGCACUGUCACGAGGCAAGACCGGGGCAGAGGAGGAAAGCGAGGGGAUCCUCGCCUUCAUUCCCGCUCUCUCUCUGUCUUCGGUCUCUUCUUUCCUCAACUUUUUGGGAGUCGAUACGCAACCGGACACCCCGUUCUGGGCAGUCGCAGGCCUGCUCUGGAUGCUCUACUCCGUCCUAGACAAUGUCGACGGGAAACAGGCUCGUCGCCUGCGGCAGUGCACGGCAGGCGGCGACUUCUUGGACCACUCGAGCGACAGCAUCGUGACGUCGCUGAGUGGGCUGGUGGUCAUGUGGGCGCUUCUUCAGCCUGCGUCCGCUCGUCGUCCUUCGUCGUCUCGUCUUUUGUCUGUUUCCCCCGCGCCCUUUGCGGCCGAGGCCUACCCAAGUCACACGAUCUCGCUUGGGUCCCUCGACUGCUUGGCGUUCAUUUUGAUUACGCAACUUCCUUUCUUCAUCGCCACCUGGGCUCACCCGAUCGUGGGCAGAACGAUUCUCUCUUCUUCACUGGAAGGCUGCCAUUGGUUUUCUGUCGAUGAAGUAAACUUCCUCGUCAUUCCUUCGCUGCUCUUUGUGCGCGCCCUGGUCCCCACGUUUUGGUCGACGGCACUCGUGUCGCUGCUACCCCACUUCCCCGCGUUCGUACACCCCGUCGUCACCUUUCUCUCCGCCGCCAUCGGCAUUGUCUUCCAACUCGACUCCGAAGAAGUUACUCUGGGCGUUCUCCUCAUCUUCGCCAGCUGCAUGCUGUCUCUCGUCGCAUCGACCAGGCUCCUCGUGCAACUCGUCAAGUAUGAUCACCUGCCGCGCCUCUUGCCAGGCGUCGUUCUCUUCGCCGGGUCGCUCGCCUUCAAGCCCCCCGUUUUGCUUCAGCUGGGCGUAUUCUCUCUUCUCUGCCUGGAGCUGAUCGCCGCCCGACUUAAGCUGCAUGUGCGGACGCAGUUGUACAUGUGGUGGCCGGUGGCGCUCUACUACUUCUUCCUCUUCACGCUCCACGGCCGGGAUUCGGGAGCUCCAGCGGGCCUUCCUGAAGCCUUCGCGUCUGUCCUCGGCAAGAAUUACACGUACCACAGUGCGGCGUUCAUGACCUUUGUGUUGCUGGGCAUCUGCUUACUGUCUUACAAGCACAUCAUCAACCGGAGGAACGGAACCUCUCAGGCUUCGCGGAAGACGGACUAG